UAAUUUUUAUUUGAACAAUGGUGAGUAUCAAAUUGUUAACUUCGGUGAGCCGAAUACAUUUCAUAUUGCUCUGGGUGGAGAUGGUGCACCUUUUGGAAGAGAUGAUUCAGCAUGUUCAUGGUUGGUAAGUUUUCUUAACAUUGGACAAGGCGUAUUGAGUAGCAACGAAAAUUUUCUUCUUUUUGGAGCUAAUUGUUCAGAAAACUGUCUACCGGUAAAACGUUUCUUGGGUAAGCUUAUGAUUGAUAUUAAACGAGUUGAAAGCAAGUCUUACUCUGUUCUUACUCUAAAGAAGAAAGCGUUGAAGUCAAGUUUGUAUUUUCAGAACUGCCAAACGAUAUGAAAAUGCUUUGUUUUUUAGCUGGGGAGCUUACUAAUAGUGCUACGUACUUUUCCACUUUUGCAGAUGUAAAUCAGGAGUCCAUGUCGGUAAACGGAAAAGGAACCUUCGGGCGAAAUAAAAACGAUACCUGGAAACCGUGGAAAUACUCGGAAAGGAUCAAACAGGCGAAAAAAGUUUCUGACUUCAAAAAACAACUUGAAAGGAAGAAUGUCAAAGCCGCCACCAAACGAACAAAUGUUCUACCAGAAACACCAUUUUACAAGUUUGUUAAUGUUUUAAGAUCAAAGUGUAACCUGAAUAGGCUGGCGAAACGUAUCAUACGGUGGUACGACGAAAACGCAAAGCUUGAUGGAAUGACGUUCAACUAUAGAUUCACAGGUAAGGACUCUCGCAUGUUUUUACACAACUUUAUGUUUCUCAUUGAUGUGCUUGAAAAUGGUGUUUCUGGAAUAACCUCUAAUAUACUUCACGUUCAUGCUUAUCUCUGCCUUUGCUUGCGAAAUGCAGUUGCUUUAUUUAGUCGGGUAAAUAUUACUGAUGAGCAGGUAAGAGAACUAAAGAAACAUUGUGAAAAUUUCCAUCGUGGUUACUGGCUAUAUCUGAAAGUGAAUCCAACUGUGUGGACUUUAGGUCUUGUUGUUCCUGUUCACACAAAAGAAAUGAAGGAACGUUAUGGGUUGGGGCUGGGUUUAAACUCAAUGGAAGGACGAGAAGCAAAGCAUAUAGCUAUCUCAAAGUACUGUGCAAAUACUGCAUAUAGCCAUAGGUGGCAACAGGUUUUCCAUCACGAAUACAUUUCUUUAAUUUGGUUGCGUAAACAUGGUUAUAAUAAUGUUAAUAGUUCUCGUAGUAAUAGCACCCUUUCUUAUUUCCCCAAGCGAGUGCGCGAUAGUGACACUAAUUAUUGUGAUUGUGGUUUACAGAAAGUAUUUUCAGAUGAGUUGUGUAGGUUUUGCGGUAACGAACUAAGGAACAAGAUAAAGGAAAGCUUGGAGAAAUUCAAAAACAAUUUUGAUGAAAAUGUGUUGUGACGCCGACUCGAAUCAUGCAUGAAAUCGAACAAUCAUUUAGCAGGAUUUGCUCUUUUGUGUGAGUACAUCAGCAGAAUUGAUAUAAGUUUUAAUGAUUGAGAGAAAUGUUUAUCAUGAUUCAUUCUAUUUAUGGCAUGUGUCAUACUCCAACUUGAUGCUUAAAACAAAUACCCUGUCAUGAUUGUGAUAUUCUUUCUUAUUAAUGUCCAAUAUAUGUUAUUAAUAUAUUUGACCAUAUAAACAUACACAAUUG